GCCACUCCAGCCAUAAAUCCCCUAUCGCAGCGUGGGAUUAUAUUCCCGAAGGAAUGCUUCGAUGAAUGCUUCACUGAUGAUUCCCAGAGGACUAAAGGAAAUUGUCGUCGAAUGGAGGAGUGUCCUUCGGCUAUGAAGAAAUGGAUCGAAAAGCGGGAAUCCCCAAAGACCUGUUACUUUGUUAAAUUCGAUCACUUUGUGUGCUGUGAACCGGAAACACCUUUACCGGAAAUAUCCACCACAGUACCCCCAGAGACACUACCACCCACAGCGAACCCCUAUACGGCGGCGCCUCUGAUAAAACGAAGAAGUCAGGAGGCUUGCGAAAUUUACAACCGAGUGGACCCUCUCAAUGAGAACGACAUAGCCCUUGUGAUUCAGGUGGUCGGCGGAACGGCUACCCGAUACAGAGAAUUCCCCUUUAUGGCAGCCCUCGGAUGGCGAUCCAAUUUUGAUGACAAGAUCAUAUACUAUCGGUGUGGCGGAGCCCUUAUCUCGGAGAGAUUCGUCUUAACGGCAGCUCACUGUAUCGACUUUGGCGGCGAUCCCCCCAAUCAGGUGCGCUUGGGCGGCGACAACUUGACCCUGACAGAGGGCGAGGAUCUGCGUGUCCGCCGGGUUAUUCUCCAUCCCGAGUACGACUCCAGUACUGACUACAACGACAUCGCCCUGCUGGAGUUGGAAACGCCGGCCAAGUCGGAACUGAAGCCCGCAUGCCUUUGGCAACAGCCAGAGUUGACCAACACCCUGGUUACAGCCAUCGGUUACGGCCAGACAAAGUUCGCCGGCCUCUCCUCCGCUCAGCUUCUGAAGGUACGGCUCCAGCUGGUCUCCAAUGACAUCUGCCGGUUUCAUUAUUCCUCGGAGCAGCUCAGCCGUGGCCUGCUGGACAGUCAGAUGUGCGCCGGCGAUGACUCCGGAGAGAGGGACACGUGCCAGGGCGACUCCGGGGGACCUCUGAUCAUGCGGCAAGGUCUCUUGAGUUACGUGGUGGGCAUCACUUCCCACGGACAGGGAUGCGCCAGUGGUCCGCCCACGGUCUACACUAGAGUGUCCAGCUUCCUGGACUGGAUCGAGGGGCAUGUGUGGCCGCAGGGAGUUCAAAGGCAGGAGCCACAAAAGCAAAAUCUUGAAGGCGCAUCGAAGGCGCCAUCGACCUCUCCGCAGUUUGAUUUGAGGGUUAUGAUCUGAGGUCCCUAAAUCUAAAAAAAUUAAAUAUUAAA